AUGGUUGUGUGUGAUUUGUGGUGAUUUUACGGAAAUAUUCGGGUGAUUUAUUUGCAGUCCUCGUGUAUUUCGCGUUCAGAAAAAUAAACAGAAAUAAAACGAACAAAAUGUCUGAGAUUGACGCAAAAGUGAACAUGUCGCUUGAUGAGAUCAUAAAGAUGGAGAAAAAGGAGAAAAAGAAAAAGGCUGGGACUGCUAAUGGAAAAUCUGGUGCUAAGCGCACUCGAGGAAGUGCGCGAGGGCGAAGUGGACUCAGGGGUAGAGGUGCUAGAGUGAAGCGUAAUACUGGAACUGCUAAAAAAGAACAAACAUGGCAAGCUGGACAAAAUAAUAAUAAUAAUAACAACAACAACAAUAAUAAUAAUAAUAAUAAUGUGCGUGGUGGUUUUGUGAGAAAACGAUAUAAGAAAAAUAGUGGUCUCACUCGAUCACGAAGUAAUUUAACAUUAAAUCAAAAAUCAAAUACACGAGGAGCUUUUAAUGUUCGCCGUGGUCGUGGCAAUAGAUUUGGUCUGACUCGUAGUAGAAGUCGUACAAACUUGACUUUUACACAAGGAGGUUUUUUUACCAAUAAUAAGACUCCAUUAAAAAGAACAAAUAGUUUACCAAAUUUACGCGAUCCAACUUCAGUUCAUAAUCGAUUGGGAUAUCAGAGUCCUGCUCAAAUUGCUUAUCGAAAUCGUGUUAAAAGAGCAAAACAGUUAUUGCUUCAAAGACAGAAUCAGAAAUUAUCUCUGCAAAAUCAAUUUAGAGUUCCACAAACUGGAAAAUCAUUAUUAUCACUCCAACAAAGAUCCACGGAUAGAAGACAACAAAUUUUAACUUCUCAACGUCGUUUUACUACUGGUGGAUUACGAUCAGAUCAAAUUGCCCGUGCACAAAGACGAGCACAAUAUGAACAAAAAUUAAUGAGAAUGAAUUCUUCGCGAUUAAGUACAAACUCAAAUGUAAACUUCAUGUGUACAUUGGGAAAUGAGUAUAGUCCUAGUACGCACCAACGCCCUCUCACUCUUACACCAAAUCGAAACGGAAGUGCUGUAAACAGUUUACGCCCAUUACCAAGAGGACGAUCUCCAUUUAGACAAAGUGUACAAAGUUUGAAUAUGGUUGGUCGAUCACCUAUGUUCGGUCGACAACGUUCGAGAUCAAGGUCACGUUCUCGUUCUCGUACACGUAAUACUCCAUCAUCAGAUACAGGAGCAGAUGUUGAUGAUCGUACAUUUAGCGAAGUCAUGUACAGCUUGUCUGGAAAUCUUGGUGUUACAGGAAGAACACUUAAUGAUAGAUUUAGUUUUUAAAGUUUGUUUUGUAUUUAGAAUAUAAGACUGUUGAGGCCAGACAUUUUAUUGCUUAAAACAUAAAUAUCAAAUAUUGUAAUUCUGUCUUAUUAAUUGUAUUGAUAGUAAAGUUGCUUCAUGUAAAAAGUAAUUCAUUUAAUUCAAAUAUUUUUUAUUUUCUCUAUUUCUAUUUUAAAUAAUAUGCAAAUUAUUUUUAAGUUCUAAAAUAUAAAAAAUUUAUAUUUCAAAAUAUAACAAAUAUUGAAUUUAUGAUAAAUUCAAUAUUUGCAUUAUCUUAUAUGUUUGACAUUAUCUUAUAAUAUUUUACCAUAAAAAUUUUGUAAGACUAGUUGGUUUAUAUUUUCUUUGUAAUAAAUUUUUGUUAUAAAUUUAAUAUUUGAAAAUGAAUUUCAUGGUAAAAUUUUAUAUAGGAAACUAUCAGAAUUUUUUGAAUAUCAAAUAUAAAUUUUGAUUCUUUAUUAAUGAGUCAAAAUUUUGUUAAUGUUUUAAUAAUAUUUUGAUCUUAAAUUUACAUUAUAUUUCAAUAUAAUUUUUCUCAUAUUUAAACUUAAUAUAUUUUUAGAAAAAUAUGGCCUCAAUAACAUAUUUAAUUUAUCUAUCUAAAAAUUAAAUAUAGUAAUAUUAAUACAAAAGAUUGAAAUUCAAUCAUUAAAUAUUAUAAUUACAUUCAAAUUAUAAGAAUUAAAAAUUUUGUUAAGGAUGUAGUUCCUAAAGUAAGUAUAAUAUUGAGUCUAAAAAUAAAUGUAUAAUAUAGAUACAAAGAAUAUUUACAUUUGAAAUAUAUUGAUAAAUAUAUCAAUGAAAUAUAAGCCUAUGAUAUAGUAUAAAUUUUUUUCUUUAUUGUAUGUUUUAAUAAGUUUAAGAGCUUGUAAAAAAAUCAUAUAUAAAAUACAACAUAAAUUGAUUUUUGA